CGGUCUCUUCCCCACCACACACACACACACACACACACACACACACACACACACACACACUCACACGCCACAACCGCGACGGGUUCUCCCAGCUCGCAGCCACCCAAAGGAGAGGAGAAAGAGAAAAGGCGCAGAGGAAAGCCGGGAACAGAUAGAAGGGAAAAGGAAGAGCUCAGGGUUGGACAUUUUUGGAACUAGGGGUGGGGAGGAGAAAGGGAACGUGCCUCCUUGAUUUUCCCCUCCCCACCCCUCUUUGCUUUUCUCUCCCGGUGGUUGUAUAGCAUUUUCCAGAAGCGGCAGCAGAAGGGGACGGAAACCUCCAGUCUAGAAAGAUUUGGAGGGGUGGCCGGGGCUCCCGCCAGCCACCACCUAGCAGCUGCAGCUUGAGUGUGCGAUUGUGCGUGGAAGAGUGCGAAUGCGGGUCUGGUCUGCUCUCCUCCUGGGUCUUCUCUCUCCCGCACACUCCCGUGUCAGUUGUCAGCCAGCUCUGUCGCUUUCCCCGCGUCAGUUUCUUCCCUUGCUUGCAUUGUGUGGCAGGCUGCGCGAAGGGGGUGCGUGCGUUUUGAAGGGGCCCAGGUUGGGUCAGGGCCAGGAGAAGCAAGUGAGCCCAAGGCAGGGGCAGCCAGCGGAGCGGGCAGAGCAAAGAGUUUCGGGGGGCGCUGACCGAGGCGAAAGCCAGGCAGCCUCGAGGCCCCGGCCGGGCUGUCCCAGGCAGCUGCUGUUAGCGCGCCCGCCCGGGGGAGAACCAGUGAGGCGACCGCACCGCUCUCCUUGGCUCGCGGAGGCCAGACGACGCCGAUCCGAACAAACCACUUGGCCUGGGAACGGGAAACAGACACAAAGAAGAAGUAAUGUGACUUGUUCAAGUUCAUACUUCACAUUAGUGGAAGAGCUGAGAUUAGACUCCGUCCAGGUCUCCUAAUUCCCAGAACACUAUUCUUUAAACUGCACCAUUGUACACAUAGAGGUUUCUAAACUGCUAUGAACCAUGGCCCAACUGUACUACAAAAAGGUCAACUACUCACCAUACAGAGACCGCAUCCCCCUGCAAAUUGUGAGGGCUGAGACGGAGCUCUCUGCAGAGGAAAAGGCCUUCCUCAAUGCUGUGGAAAAGGGGGACUACGCCACCGUGAAGCAGGCCCUCCAGGAGGCCGAGAUCUAUUACAAUGUCAACAUCAACUGCAUGGAUCCACUGGGCCGGAGCGCCCUGCUCAUCGCCAUUGAGAAUGAGAACUUGGAGAUCAUGGAGCUACUGCUGAACCACAGCGUGUAUGUGGGGGAUGCACUGCUCUACGCCAUCCGCAAGGAAGUUGUGGGCGCUGUGGAGCUUCUGCUCAGUUACAGGAGGCCCAGUGGAGAGAAGCAGGUCCCCACUCUGAUGAUGGACACCCAGUUCUCGGAGUUCACACCAGAUAUUACUCCCAUCAUGCUGGCUGCCCACACCAACAACUACGAAAUCAUAAAAUUGCUCGUCCAGAAACGGGUCACCAUCCCACGGCCCCACCAGAUCCGCUGCAACUGUGUGGAGUGUGUGUCCAGUUCAGAGGUAGACAGCUUGCGCCACUCCCGCUCCCGGCUGAACAUCUAUAAAGCUCUGGCAAGCCCCUCCCUCAUUGCCUUAUCAAGCGAAGACCCCAUCCUAACCGCCUUCCGCCUGGGCUGGGAGCUCAAGGAGCUGAGCAAGGUGGAAAAUGAGUUCAAGGCUGAGUAUGAGGAGCUCUCUCAGCAGUGCAAGCUCUUUGCUAAAGACCUGCUGGACCAGGCUCGGAGUUCCCGGGAACUGGAGAUCAUCCUCAACCAUCGAGAUGACCACAGCGAGGAACUUGACCCUCAAAAGUACCAUGACCUGGCCAAGCUGAAGGUGGCAAUCAAAUACCACCAGAAAGAGUUUGUGGCCCAGCCCAAUUGCCAACAGUUGCUUGCCACUCUCUGGUACGACGGCUUCCCUGGAUGGCGGCGGAAACACUGGGUAGUCAAGCUUCUGACCUGCAUGACCAUUGGGUUCCUGUUUCCCAUGCUGUCUAUCGCUUAUCUGAUCUCACCCAGGAGCAACCUUGGGCUGUUCAUCAAGAAACCCUUUAUCAAGUUUAUCUGCCACACAGCAUCAUACCUGACCUUCCUCUUCAUGCUUCUCCUGGCUUCUCAGCACAUCGUCAGGACAGACCUCCAUGUACAGGGGCCUCCCCCAACUGUUGUGGAAUGGAUGAUAUUGCCUUGGGUUCUUGGUUUCAUUUGGGGGGAGAUUAAGGAAAUGUGGGAUGGUGGAUUUACUGAAUACAUCCAUGAUUGGUGGAACCUGAUGGAUUUUGCAAUGAACUCACUCUACCUGGCAACUAUUUCCUUGAAGAUUGUGGCCUAUGUCAAGUAUAAUGGUUCUCGUCCAAGGGAAGAAUGGGAAAUGUGGCACCCGACUCUGAUUGCGGAAGCGCUCUUUGCCAUAUCCAACAUUUUAAGUUCGCUGCGCCUCAUAUCCCUGUUCACAGCCAACUCCCACUUAGGGCCUCUGCAGAUCUCUCUGGGACGCAUGUUGCUUGAUAUCCUCAAAUUCCUCUUUAUCUACUGCCUGGUACUGCUGGCUUUUGCUAACGGAUUGAACCAGCUUUACUUUUAUUAUGAGACCAGAGCUAUCGAUGAGCCAAACAACUGCAAGGGGAUCCGCUGCGAGAAGCAGAACAAUGCCUUCUCCACGCUCUUUGAAACCCUUCAGUCACUCUUCUGGUCCGUAUUCGGCCUUUUAAAUCUCUACGUCACCAAUGUGAAGGCCAGACAUGAGUUCACGGAGUUUGUGGGAGCGACCAUGUUUGGGACAUACAAUGUCAUCUCCCUGGUAGUGCUGCUAAACAUGCUGAUCGCCAUGAUGAACAACUCCUACCAGCUUAUUGCCGAUCAUGCCGAUAUUGAGUGGAAAUUUGCAAGGACAAAGCUCUGGAUGAGUUACUUUGACGAAGGUGGCACCUUGCCACCUCCUUUCAACAUCAUCCCCAGCCCCAAGUCAUUUCUAUACCUUGGUAACUGGUUCAACAAUACCUUCUGCCCCAAAAGAGACCCUGAUGGUAGACGGAGAAGGCACAACUUGAGAAGCUUCACAGAACGCCAUGCUGACAGCCUGAUACAGAAUCAACAUUACCAGGAAGUUAUCAGGAAUUUAGUCAAAAGAUAUGUGGCAGCUAUGAUAAGAAAUUCCAAAACAAAUGAAGGACUAACAGAAGAAAAUUUUAAGGAAUUGAAACAGGACAUCUCCAGCUUUCGAUAUGAAGUGCUUGACCUCUUGGGAAAUAGGAAGCACCCAAGGAGAAGCUUUUCCACUAGCAGCACUGAACUCUCUCAGAGGGAUGAUACCAAUGAUGGCAGUGGUGGGGCCCGGGCCAAAUCCAAGAGUGUCUCUUUCAAUUUAGGCUGCAAGAAAAAAGCCUGCCACGGGCCACCUCUCAUCAGGACCACACCAAGAGUCAGUGGUGCCCAAGGGAAGUCAAAAGCAGAGUCAUCAAGCAAACGCUCCUUCAUGGGUCCCUCUCUCAAGAAACUGGGUCUCCUAUUCUCCAAGUUUAACGGUCAUAUGUCUGAACCCAGUUCAGAGCCAAUGUACACAAUUUCUGAUGGAAUCGUUCAGCAGCACUAUAUGUGGCAGGACGUCAGAUAUUCUCAGAUGGAGAAAGGGAAAGCAGAGGCCUGUUCUCAAAGUGAAAUUAACCUCAGUGAGGUAGAAUUAGGUGAAGCCAGGGGCGCUGCUCAGAGCAGUGAAUGCCCUCUAGCCUGUUCCAGCUCUCUUCACUGCGCAUCCAGUAUUUGCUCCUCAAAUUCUAAACUUUUAGACUCCUCAGAGGACGUAUUUGAAACUUGGGGAGAGGCUUGUGACUUACUCAUGCACAAAUGGGGUGAUGGACAGGAAGAACAAGUUACAACUCGGCUCUAAGUCAAGCCGUUAUCACCCAUUCUGGAACUCAGAAAAUUUCUAAUUUUGUUCCUCUCAGAGGUGACAUAGAAUAUGGUUCCCUCACUGCCCCCCACUAGAAAGGAGAGUGAAACUCCUAUUAUUUGCAUUGUCUUUUAUAGCCACAUUCUUCAGUUUUUUGUUCUUCUUAUUACUAUUAUUUGCCUUUUUAUACCUAUAAACACUAAGUCCAUUUCACAACCAACUGACGGGGUGUUUGCCCCUAAACAGCAGAGGUGCAGUCGGGUGCUUAACCCUUUGGCUUUGCUUUUCUUACCCUUGCUUCCUUGAAGCUCCAGGUGCCACUUUGCUACUGUUGCUGCCGCAUAGAUUCCUGACCUUCCUCAGGAUCUCACACCAUUUCCCCACAGAGCUGAGGGAUGUGCUCAGCAGUCCCCACCAGCUAUCAGAUAAGGCAAACUAACCUGCCUAUCUUUGUUGCCCUUCAAUGCUCCACGCCGCCCAUCCUGGUUCAAUGAACAGCAUCAAAGGGAGAUUGAAUAGACUCCAAGGAAUUGUCAGCUUGUGGUUUCUAGGUAUAACUGGCCUUUGUGUUGUUUUUGUUUUUAAACACUACAACUUCUCCUUAACGUGGGGGCUGUUGAAUUUGUUUCUUAAAGAUUUGUUAGUUUCCUAACGUGUGCCAGUGAACACUUACCCCGUAGUAUAUGUCAUAUCUAGUAGGUUAGUGGAUUCCUUUCCUAUGUUUGUGUAUUUCAGUUAGCUUACUGCAUUUUAAAAUUUGAUAGCAUCCAGAUUAGUAUGUAGGAUGUAUACUGUUUUUUAAAAACUUCUACUGCACUCUAACCAAUAGUCACUACAUCUCAUACACUGGCAAGAAAAAAUAAUUAGCUGGUAUAUUUAUAGGGUCCUAUUUACUGUUGAUAGUUUUAAUCAUUGUUGCUAUCAAAGGCAUUUCUAAGAUAAAAGCCUGGAUUUGAAAAUUUUUUUUAUCAGACAAAUGACAUCUUGUUGAGGUGUCAGAAUCUGAAAACUUCAUCUUCAUUGUAAUCAACUGCUUUCUGAUAAAACAACAACAAAACAAUUUUAGGUCUAGAUAAUCUGAUUCAAGUUGCAGUAUUAAUGUUCAUUGGGGACAGUGGAAUUGCAUGUGUAAACUUAUGUUAAAUAUAUAACGUAACAACCCUAGUGAAUUCAUGGAACUACAAACAUGAUCCAGAUUAUACUGUCUUCAAAGAAAACUGCAUUUAUACAUCCAAACAAAUUAUUUUCCACAGCUUAGGAAUACCUCAUCAGAAUACAUAGGUUAAAGUUAAAAAAUGAAGCCCAUGAUGCAUAUGGUCAUCAUAUUAGACCUGUUAACCAUUGAGAGAUUACCUGCUAAUCAAGGUGGUUUUUUACCAAUAUUAGCACAAAGGUAUCCCCAACAUACACCCUAACAUAUGACCUGAAAGAGCCCGAGGUCUGGGUCUGGAUGACUAAAUUAAUGUAUAGCUCAAAAAGUAAGAGAUAUAAUUAGUUGUUACCCUGUUCUUAGAAAUGUCAACAGCAAUAGGAAACCAGCUACAUUCAUAUGGAUACUUUCUGGAAAAAUUAAGUGAAAUGAAGCAUUUUCAAACAAUGCAUAUAUAAUAUGCCUCCAAAAUAGUUUUUGACAAUGUAGUUUGUUAUUUGAAUUGAUUCCCAUUCCAGCCCUAGCUUUAGUGACUGACAAAAUACUCUACAUGAAGGACACACACUGGGGAUGAGGGAGCAACAAGAAAGGUGAUGAAGAACAAAGGUCAGAUCCAGGGGAAAGUGAUCAAGAGGACAAGCUACAUCAAGAUUCUUUUGUUUUUUCGGGUUUUUUUUUUUUUUUUUUUUUGGUCUUUUUGCUAUUUCUUGGGCCGCUCCCACGGCAUAUGGAGGUUCCCAGGCUAGGGGUCGAAUCGGAGCUGUAGCCACCGGCCUAUGCCAGAGCCACAGCAACACGGGAACCGAGCCGCUUCUGCAACCUGCACCGCACGCAGCUCACGGCAAUGCCGGAUCGUUAACCCACUGAGCAAGGCCAGGGAUCGAACCCGCAACCUCAUGGUUCCUAGUCGGAUUCGUUAACCACUGCGCCACGCCGGGAACUCCUCAAGAUUCUUUUGGAAACAGAUGAUCACAAAGUAAUUCCUUGGUCAUACCUAAAGUGAUCAUUUACUCAAAUCCAACUUCUCUCCUGCUUUGCUAAGUGGGACUAUCAUAGAAUGGCCCUAACAUCAAUUACAAGUUACUUUCCAGAAGGAAGGUUUCUAAAGUUGCAGAUUCAACUUUCCCAAUUGUCAAGUUCACUUUAAGUAAUAAAUAGCACCUGGGCUACAUUCAUUUGCUGGCACCAAAAAACUAAUACAUGGCCACAUUUCAUCAAAAGAAAAAGAUGUCUUUCUCACAGAUGCAUGUACUUGUGAUGACCUAGGUCUAAUUGUUCUGGCAGUUACUUUAUCAAUUUAUCAGAAAACAAGAGUAGCCAGACAUAGAGCCAUGCUCCAAAAUACAGUCUUCUCUCAGUUAUGUUCUAAGGAGAGAAUAUGUAUAAAUCAUAGUAGCCAACCCCUACUAUUUAAAGAAACCAGAGUCAUAUUUCAUGGGAAGUAUAUUCCUUUUUAAAUCUUCUCAGGGUCAUUGCCUUUAUCACUUGGGCUUAAGACUUCACUAGUUGUGCUGAGGCCCAGCUAUGUUAGGGACUGAGCCAGUUAGCUGUUAAAGCUAGCCAGCUAUUGCCCUAACCUCCAUGAUGGUGACACCAACAUUUUUAUUACCUUUAACUCUAGCAGAAAGUAGGAAGGGAAAAAGAUUUGUGUUCACCUCUUUGGCCUCUGGAUCAGCUACUACCGAGAAAAGAUAUUUCAAAUCAAAUGUUUAAGUAUGCCCAGAGAAGGCAGAAGCCAACUUGAGAGUAAAUUUAUAAACAUAAAAGUUAGAGCUAAAAGAGAACCUUAGUGAAUGAGCAUCUACUCAAUUCUAACCUCUUAUUUUACAAACAGAAAAAAAAAAAAAAAAGAGGCCCGGAAAAGGAUAAUGACUUGCUCAAGGUCACAGAGCCAGUCAAUAAACCCAAAUCUUCUAGAUUACAGAAACAAGACAUUCAUCAUUAAGCAUAUGUUAUACACAGGAGAUGUGGAAAUGGAUUGGCCAUUAUAGGUAACUUUCUGUUCAUUUGUCCAAAAUGGUGUGAACUCCACAGAUGUCAGACUGACAUGUUUAAAUGUAAAGGUAUAAUUAUAAAUAGUACAAGAAUCAUUUACUUUUUGUCUAAGCAUCUCUACCAUGGUUCACCUCCACCAGGGUGACUUCCUUAUCACUUCUGGACACCUGUAUGUGUUUGACUCCAUCAUAAUUACAUUAAAGUUCCUCUGAUAAUUGGUAAGGGUGAAAUAUUACAAAUAAAAUAUCUGAAUUAUAUUAGAAAAUGGCCAUUAUUGAAGUAGGACCUCCAACUCUAGCUUUAAAUCCAGUGGAGUACAAAGAAAACAUUCCAAAUUCAAAAUCACCAUUAUUGAAGACGCCAAAUUUUAUAGAUGUAAAUCUCCAAGUUAUAUUUCUGUCCACUUACAUGGGAAUAUGGGAAAUUUUCUGGUUCUUUCUGCCUCUCAUUGACAUUUUUCAUACCUCUCUGACCUAAUCUAGGGUAUUUUAGCUAAGUCCAAAACCUCCAAACAUUUGCCCACAAUUUGAUUAAAGAUUUUAAAAAAUGGGAAAAGAAUCUGAAAAAUAACAAAAUAAAAACAUAAAAAACCUUACGGCCUCUACUUUUUUCAAUGACUUGCAAAUUUCAUUGAAAAAUAUGAGUUCAUACCUUAGCAAGAAAAUAUGACCAUUUGACAUUCCUAUUGCCUUUUAGGUGAGACUCAAAUGGUGUUUUAACUAACAGUUUAAGUGGCCCAGACCUUGGUUUGUUAAAUCAUCAGGUAAAAAGACGUGAAGUUAGGCAGACAUUCUUUCCUGUUUAUAAAAGUACACAAGAAAAAUUGAUCAUAUUAUUUUGGUAAUUUAAUUUUCAAAACAGUGUUAAUAAACAGAUUGCUUGUAGAGACAGAGCCAAUGUAAGUCGACAUAAUUGUUUGGAUCAUUUAAAUAACCUCUUUAUAUGUACUUGUCAGCUCCCUCCAACCCCAAACACUGCAGCUUUGACUUAAAUCUAUGGGUAUUUUAGACUGUUUCUUUGGCUUGCUUUAUCUAGAUAAUUGUUCCAAAUAUCCACUUUGUUGGUGUAGAACUAGCCAUUGGGAACCAAGUAACCCAAUUCAGUGUGAGCAUUACUUUAGUCUAGGGAAAUGCUACUUCUACUGUAUUUCCAAUGACCUUUUCCAUCACUUUUUCCAACAGAUGUGGGGUUUGGCUUGCAUUGUUUGGAGGGGAAUGUUUGUAAAAGUGAAAACCUUGUCUGUGCACACGCACAUAUGUGUAAUGCAACUUAGUAGCAUUUGAUUGCUCUGGCCUGGCCCUCAUCCCUUUUGGUAAUUACUAAAUCAUUUUGAAGGGAGGGGGAACAGGAAUAACUUCAAUGGAAAGAAACUUCCUGAGAUAUAGUAAGGAAUUGCUGAAAUGAACUGCUAAGGCAGCAUCUGCUGUUGUACAACUGUUAAUAUUGAGAGCUCUCAGGAUUUGGGGUUUCUGGGUUGAAGGAAAGAUAAAGCCUGUAGGUCAGAAGAAAGAACCUAACUGUAAAAAUAAGAAUAUAUGUCUUUAGUGAAUUAAGUAAGUCCGCAUAGUUCAGAAUUAGGGCACAGUUGAGACAUAACUAUUCAUAUAUUGAUAUGUGGCCUAGGUUCUCCAUCCAUAUGCUGCAUGGUAGUCCAGAGAAGGAGGUGCUGAUAGGCAGUUUUGAGAGUUUACUUUAAGAAACAAAGGAGUUAAUUGCUGGAAUGAUACAGGCAGCUGGCCAGGGUGCUCUAGCAUUUUUAAGCUCAGUGUUUGUUUUAUUCCCACUCUAGAGUGGAUUUGUAUCUUAUACUUGUUAGUUUAUUGGAUCUGAGUUGUGGUCUUUUUCUAAAGAUAGACCACUGGUGUUUGUGGUAUUUGAGAGACAUAUACAUAUUAAGAAUUGCUGAUGUUUAAAUAUAAAAUUAAGUGGAAUGGCCUUAUGCCAAAAGCUUAUUAAUGUGAAAGUUUCAAAAGCUCUGUAGAAACAUCCUGUUACUACACAAAUGAAAGGCAAUUUCUACAGUAAAAUAAAAGUGUGAUUUUUGAUCACCGUAAUUGACUUUCAUAAAUCCAUAACUAUAACACAUCUGCCCUAACUCUCAAAAAGAAAAGCUUUCUUUACAACUCCAAAUGACUUGAUAGAACCAAAAAAGACUAAAUGAAGAAGGGCCUGCAAUGUGAAUGCCAUUUUCAGUAAUGUGCAGAGAAUUAUGCCCUUUGGCUUUCUUUACGUCUGAGCAGGUUACAGGGUAAUCUAACAUCCCAGGAGAUGCACUUCACCACAUGCCCACACACAUACUAAUAAGAUAUCAUUCUUGUGCUUUGUAUUUUAGCCUAAGGUAGCCAACGCAUCUGCAAGUAUAGUUAAGCUGGGCUUGGCCAUUUUGUCCUUUUCACAAAGUUCAAUAUAUCCCACAAUACUCAUUGAGACCCAUUGCCUUCCAACCUAGAAACCCUCUCGACAGUUCUCCAGUCUAAUACAAUCUUUAAAACUGAAUCUUGGAUGACAAGAAAAAAAAAAAGAGUAAAACAGGGCUAAAUUACAUUGUCAAACUUUUUAGCUAACCAAAGUGAGGUGGAAUUCCCUGAUUUUAAAAAAAUGUAGUUUAUGUUUUAAAACACUAACAUCAUCAUUUUCUCACUCAACGAAAUCCAGAAGUGUAACAGUAUAUGAAAAAUAGCUCUGAACAAACUAAAUCAUUUUUCAAAGGUUGAGUUAUAUAUAGGUUGAAUUUCAGAUCAUAGCAUAUUCUUACCUUGUGAUCACUGUAUUCCUAAAUUCAACAUAUCGGACUCAUAAUAAGGUUACAUUUUAAAUUAUGCAGUAUCACUUUUAUAAAUCUGCACAUAUUACAAUUACUGGAAGGAUUGCUUUCUCCAAAUUUUAUCUAAGAAAUAAAACGAAUUUGCCAAAACUCUAUAGAAAAGAAAAACAAAAGGUAAAAGUGAGAGAGAGUAGUAUGGAAGAGAGCUAGAUUCUUUUUCUGGUGUUAUACUUUGGCCUCAUAAAUACACAAUGUAACUUCUGAAUAUCCUCAAUGGUAGAAAAUAAUAAUCCUAUAAGAUUAAAUUCUUAGAACAGUCAAAACUAACUUUGGAUCCAUCUUUGGUAAAAGGUUGGGCGAUCAAGCUGAGUUCUAUUCUUUGAUACUUUGAUAGACACAAGUAUAAAAUAACAAGACAGUUUCUUGUAGGCUUUAUAAAGUGGCCUGAAGCUGCUCCUUGGAAUCUAGUUCUUUCCUUAUCAACUUUGAGAAAUAAUUUGUGUACAAUUACCUGCAUCCAUUUAAAUUGAUGAGUGGAGUUCCCAUCAUGGCUCAGUGGUAAUGAACCUGACUAGUAUCCAUGAGGAUGCGGGUUCAUCCCUGGCCUCGCUCAGGGGAUUAAGGAUCUGGUGUUGCCAUGAGCUGUGGUGUAGGUCGCAGAUGCAGCUUAGAUCGAGCGUUGCUGUGGCUGUGGUGUAGUCUGGGAACUUCCACAGGCCACAGGUGUGGCCCUAAAAAGAAAAAAAAAGUUUACAAUUUAGUGAGUUUUCACAGUUGUAUACACCCCUAGAGCCAUUACCAAAAUCAAGAUACAAAAAUUUCCAUCCCUCCCAAGAGAGGCCUUUUUCCUCUUUGCAGUCUGGAAAUCUAGUUUAAAACAUGCUUGAAACAGUGGCAGCCUUACUAGAAUAAGUUUAUGUCCUCCCAAGGAAGAAACAUUAAAGAACACUGUAUUUAGAUAUAGAAACUCCAGUGAUUUGGGAACAACCAUAAUGACUUAACUCUUGAAAUAUUUGUGUCUCAACAGUAAAACAGACACACACACAAAACAGUAAAACACAUUCCAACUUCCAAUGGCUUAUGUUGUAAAUAAACUCAGAAUUGGCUUCCCAAACCUUAUUUGAUCCACAAGAAAUGACAUUUUAUAAAGCAGAGGCUCUGACAACUAGGCUAUUAGGAAGAAAGGACAGUAGGGAAAAGCCCCAGCAUUCCCAGAAAAUUGAGGGGAGGAUUUUGGACUCAGAAUGAGCUCUGGUAAGAGAAGUAGGAGGUGGCUCUAAUGGGAGGAUGGCAGCAGCUGGAUGAAUUUUCGUCAUUUGAAAAUCACAUGUUCACAUUAUGUAUUUCCUGUGUAAGAUCUAAUCACAUUAUUUAAAGUACAGAUGCAUCUAUUUGUGGUCACAUCCUGUAGGACUUACUUUUACAGCAUAUAUUAAGGAUCGCUUUGACUAACCAAAGCAAUGUAGCGUAUAGUCUGAUAAGUAGUGAUAACUGCUUAGUAUACUUGGGCAGGAGAAGCAGUCAGAAUUCUAGAGUCUAAGAGGAUCCACUGGAACCAAUGGCACUGAAUGGAAUUUUGUGUGAGCUCAUGAGGAAGCCUCUAAACUCUAGGGGUUAACACGUUAAUUAGUCUGCAGUUUUUUUAAUGUUAAAGGUAACCCAAUUUGUUAACUUAUUAACUUGAAAAUUUUAACUGUUCAAAUUACUCCUCUAACAUAGUAAAGGUAAACCCAUAUGUUCUUUUAUUUUAAAUAUAAAAACAAAGACCUUCUCAAGGACAUCUCAAUUCAGAUAAACAUCUUUCUCAAGUGAAAUCAUUUUAAUUUGUCUAUUUCUUAUCAUACAGAACACAUACCAGCCAUAGGGUUCAAGAAAGUAUCACUAUUAAACUCUUCAUAGGAUUCUAUUUCAAGAUUUCUCAAAAACGAGUUGAAAUAUAGGAUGAGGAGUUUCUUCCUAUUCAAAACAAUGAAUGUAGCUUGGAGCCGACAUUUGGUAGAAGAUAAAGAAUACUUUUAGAAAACACAGGAAGUGUUUAAUUCACUUCCUUAGCCUAGUUGGAGGCCCCAAUCACACAUCACCAUCCAGAAAACAUAUGCAUCAAACUUAAGGUUAAAAUUGUAUCUCCUGAGCUUAAUCACGAAAAGGGAAAAUUCCAAAUGUGUUUGUGUACAUGGCAUUUUGGCUUUGCGACUAUUUCAUGAGCUAAAAACUUCCUUGAGUAACUAUUACUUUUAUUUAAAUAUUUUCUGUAAGAAGUGCAAAGUUACUGUCAUCCUUAAACAUUAAAAAGAACCUUGUACAAUAAAAUGAUUUUGUGUAUUUUUAGCUUCAGUAUAAACAAAAAUAAAGCAUUUACUUUUGUCUCCCAAAA